AUGCCUUCCACCCAGGAAAACAAGACCAAACCCAUCGCUAAAGCGAAAACCAUCAAGCAAGAAGACCUCAUCAACAUGUCCGCCGACGCUGCAACUAUCGAGGCUUGCUUCACUCUCAUCGCCAUGUCCCGCGGCACCCAUAAGAUCAAGCAACAGUGCCAAACCUCUGCUUGCAACAAGUCAGUCAAGACCUCUUUCUACUGUGAAUCCUGUCAGGCUCAUGCUCGUUCUCGUGUUCGUGCUCGUGCGGAUUCCCAUAAGCACAGUUACUCGACUCGAUCCAAGGCUCGAAAUAAUAAAGAUAGCAUUAAUGCUGACUCGACAUAG